UACAUUUAAAACAUGUUAUUUUGCUUGUUUCCCCAUAUGCACACUGAGUUUGCAGGCUGGACUUUGGUCAAAACUGUUAGACCUGAAAUGGAGUCGAGUUCGAGCAGAAUGAAUCUCCUGGUCUUUAUCUCAAUGCUGUGUAUCCAAGCUUGCUUUGCAGACUUAUCAGCACAAGUGUUCCUGAGUAAGCCUGAAGCUAACCAGAUGCUUCUGCAUCGCUAUCGUCGUGCGAACUCAUUCCUGGAAGAGGUGAAACUAGGAAAUCUGGAGAGGGAGUGUAUAGAGGAGAAAUGCUCAUACGAAGAGGCCAAGGAGAUUUUUUCUGGGCCUGAACAAUUGGACGCGUUCUGGAAGAAGUACACAGAAGUGGACCGAUGUCAGCCUGACCCAUGUGCAAACGAGGCCACUUGUGUUAGUGAAGACAACGAUUAUAUCUGUAUAUGUCCACCUAAAUUCCAGGGACGGCAUUGUGACAAAGAAACAGCUCCGCAGGAUUUUCAUAACUGUCUCUAUAAGAACGGAGGAUGUGAGCAUUUCUGCACAGAGGAUGCAGAUUUAGUCCCUCACUGUCACUGUACUACCGACUACAACCUGGCGGCCGACAACAAAAGCUGUGUGUCGCAAGUACCUUUUCCUUGUGGUAAGCCGAUGGUGACUACUGUAGGCCCUAGGAUUGUUAAAGGACAAGUGUGCCCUAAAGGACAGUGUCCUUGGCAGGCACUACUUAGGUAUGGGAGUAUAUAUAAAUGUGGAGCAGUUAUUCUAAACAAUGAGUGGAUUGUUACAGCAGCUCACUGUGUCUGGCAAAUGGAUCGGUCCAAGCUUUCGGUGACAGUAGGUGAACACAUCAUUUCUGUAAGCGAGGGCACAGAGCAGACCAGAGGGGUGUCCAAAGUGUUAAUCCAUCCUCUCUACAACUACACAGCCAACGAUGCCGACAUUGCACUUCUACAUCUGCGCAGGAACAUAUCCCUAGGCCCCUACGUCAUGCCCAUCUGCCUUCCUCCAGCACACGGCACGUUUGCUCGCACACUAGGGGCGGUGCGCAACUCGGUCGUGAGCGGAUGGGGUCGGCUUUCUCAGCACGGACCUCAGUCCAACGUGCUCCAGCGGCUAGAAGUGCCCCGGGUGCCACUGGAGAAGUGCAGAGCCCACUCAGGUUUUAGCCUGACUGACAACAUGCUGUGUGCCGGCUUUAAGGAAGGAGGACGCGACGCCUGUCAAGGGGACAGCGGUGGGCCACUGGUCACCCGCUACAACAACACGUGGUUUUUGAGCGGCAUAGUGAGCUGGGGGAAAGGCUGUGCCCGCUCAGACGUGUAUGGGGUCUACACACGUGUGUCAAUAUUUGCAGAGUGGAUUAUGAAGUCGAUGGCUACAGAAUAAUCUGGAGAUGUUAAAAUUAGAUUAAAAAUCUAAUUACAACUCAAUAACAGAUGAUUUAGUGUUUGGUUGUAUGUACUGGUACUAUAGCUUCAUUAUCCAGCACUGUAUUUCUACAAUCUUGUCCCUGACAUCUGUGGACAGCUCUUUGGUCUUGGCCAUGAUGGAGAGUUUGGAAUCUGAUUGAUUUCUUCCUUCUGUGGACAGGUGAUUCUCCCCGAGAGCGCUCCUACUGUAAUCUCAGCUCCUUACCUGUAUAAAAGACACCUGGGAGCCAGAAAUCUUUCUGACUGAUAGGGGGUCAAAUACUUAUUUCACUCAAUAAAAUGCAAAUCAAUGUAGAACUUUUUUGAAAUGUGUUUUUCUGGAUUUUUUUGUUGUUAUUCUGCCUCUCACUGUUCAGAUAAACCUACCAUUAAAAUUACAGACUGAUCAUUUCUGGGUCAGUGGGCAAACGUACAAAAUCAGCAGG